CCGCCGGCUCCACACCGACCUUGCUUUAGGUCUAUGGUUUCGGGUGCGUGACACGGGAGGUUAUGUGAAUUCUGCGUGACAAAAUUCCGUUGAUUUCGUAUACACAAGAUAUUUAUGCAUCCGCGAACACACAGGAAAUUCCGAUAACAUGAUGGUCAAGACGCUCUUACAUUUGGGCGGCACAGCGAACAGAUGUGUCUUUGCAACUAUGCAAUACUACAGGCCCAGAAUGCAAGUACUACAGUAUAGACAAAUAAGAAAUUUAAGGAGGACGGAGAUCUCCUUCAAGCCAGAGUCUCCGCUUCCUAAUGUUCACAUCGAGACCGGUGCCAUACCUCCUGCGAGACUGUGGAAACAUCUUGGUUUUACCAUUAUGUUUAGCGGAGCCUCCAUAGCGGGUGCUGUAAUUUGGCAGUACGAACGUAUCAGGAGCCAGACAUACGGAAUGAUCCAUCGGUAUAGGCAGUUUCGAGUUAACCGAACAGGAUGGAGGGGUGAAAUGGAAACGUGGUGGCGAAAUUUGACCGAGGGACAGAAGAUGUUUGUGCCUAUAUGUUUUAUAAACGCGAUGGUGUUCUUAGCUUGGCGCGUGCCGGCGCUGCAGAGGACAAUGCUGCGCUACUUUUGCGCAAAUCCGGCUUCCAGUGUAUCAUGCUGGUCCAUGGUGCUCUCCACCUUCUCGCAUUACUCCAUAUUCCAUCUGGCCGCAAACAUGUACGUGUUGCACAGCUUCAGCACAAUAGCUGUGGCGACGUUGGGGAAGGAGCAAUUUCUGGCUCUGUAUCUGUCGAGCGGUGUAUUUUCCAGCUUCGCUAGUCACGUGUAUAAAACUAUGUUUGGAGUGCCGGGUCUUUCGCUAGGAGCGUCGGGAGCGAUCAUGGGCAUUCUCGGAUUUGUCUGCACACAAAAUCCUGAUGCGAGGCUCCAUAUCAUUUUCCUACCCAUGUUCGCAUUUACGGCGAGUAUGGCAAUUAAAGGAAUAAUGACCUUGGACCUUAUUGGUUGCGUCUUAGGAUGGAAAUAUUUCGAUCAUGCUGCACAUUUGGGCGGCGCGUUAUUCGGAAUAUUCUGGCAAACGUGGGGCAAUGCUAAUAUUUGGCAAAAACGGGAACCUCUGGUGACCCUUUGGCACAGAUUUCGGGAACCUCGAAGCUCGCAAUAACAUUUCCCUUUUUUCUGAAUCUAGAUUUCAAUUUAUAUAAAUAUAUAUAUAAUUUAUGACAUAUUCUGCAUAAAUUGUAAAAUUUUGAUUG